AUGGCAUUCAGCUUCGGCUUUUCGGGGGAUGAUAUCGAUCUUGAUGACUCGGAGAUUAAUAAUGGCGUCGCAGAGGCCGCGGUUGCACAGAAUUCAGCUUCAAAUGCUCUCCCCGAACUGGUGAAAGCCAGCAAGCAUGAUAUGAAUGAAUGGCUUUCUAUUCUCCCAUCACAAAUAUCAUUCAAUCGGCUUGCAAUCAGUGGUACCCCAAUUGUUAUUGCACGCCGAGAAAUCUUCGAUAUCCGCGCCCAACUGAUGGCAGAAGACAAUGAAAACUACGACAAUGCAGAGCUGAUUGCUGGCCUCGAAGAAGGUGACCUGAAGCCAAACUUUUACGAAGGUGGAUUUAAGACCUGGGAAUGCUCCUUGGAUCUGGCCAAGGUUGUGACUGGCGACAGCGCCAUUAUGGGGUCGCUCGGCGACUCGCAAGAGGAUUUCCACGUCAUUGAGCUUGGAGCUGGCACUGCGGUACCAUCUGUUACCUUGUUCGCCCAUAUACUAAGCCAGACAACCUCUGCGGAAGGCAUACCCCCGCAGCGGAAAAUCCAUUUCACUUUUGCCGACUACAACUCUGCGGUCCUGCGUCUUGUCACCUUGCCAAACUUACUUCUGACCUGGCAAAAUAGCCGCUUGCGCUUGGCUACUGAGGCACCUGGAGACCAGGAGGCGCCGCAGGUUCAGGAGGACGAGGAAUUGUUGGAUAUCACGCCGGAGUUGGUAGAGAAUUUCAAGAGUGACCUGGUUCGGCGGGGUAUCUCUAUCGACUUCAUCUCCGGUGCCUGGUCUGCCGAGUUCGUUGACUUGGUCUUCUCCACUCGUAGCAGUGGAGAUCCCAGGGUGUUAGUGCUCGCCAGCGAGACAAUUUACUCCCCAGCAACGUUGACCGCAUUCUCCGAGACCCUCUUGGCGCUCUUGCGCCACUCCACUCCGACGUCGGUGAGAACACAUGCGUUGGUGGCAGCUAAAAAGGUCUAUUUCGGUGUCGGUGGUGGUGUGGACGAGUUCCUUGCCGUGCUGAAGAAUGUUUGUGCAGAUGAAUUGGAAGUACAGCAAAGGGUGGAUGUGCAGUCAGAAGGAGUGGGUCGGGUUGUGUUGGAGAUCACACCGUCUGCAGGUACGGCAUAG